AUGGCACCCUCCCCCUCCCCCUACACCUGCUUCAAUUGUAGGUUUGCUUUCCAAUAUACAAAGCGACUCUCACGACCGCGCACCUUCCCUGGAUCUCGCCAAGUCCAUCAGAUUCUCCGCCCAGCAACAGCCCCGAAGCCCACCCCAGACGUCAAAAACAUCCGCCAAAAUGCCGAGCUCCACGCCAGGAAUUGCGUAGAGCGAAACUACGUCGCUCAUUCCGAGUACCCCUCAAAGAUCCAAAGUUUGUCCGAAGAAGUCAGGCAACUCGACCACGACCUGAAGACGCCACGCUCCCGCAUCAAACAGCUCGAGAAGACAAUCGCGAAACUCUCAAUUGCAGCACGCCAGGGGGCCGGCAAGGAUGGGACCACAGGCAAUAAUGCGGAGGGAGAGAUUUUUACCCUCAAGUCAGAGGCACAGCGAUUAAAAGACGAAUCGCACGCAAUGACAGUGCGCAAGUCGACCUGCGACGAAGAAAUCAACCGCCUCGCCUUAUCCCUCCCGAACCUCUCGUCGACGGAAACGCCAAUCGGAGACAACCCUCGCCUAGUCGGUUACCUCAAUCUUGACCCGAGUACUCCACCCACAUGGUCGCGCCAGUCACCGGCAGAGCUCACGGCCCGAUCGCACGUUACAAUUGGUACCAAGCUGGGUCUCAUUGACUUCGCCAGCUCGGCAACAACAACCGGAUGGGGGUGGUACUUUCUUAUAAACGAGGGAGCAAUGCUGGAGCAGGCGCUAGUCCAGUACGCACUGGGUGUCGCACGACGUCGUGGAUGGCGAACUGUCGCGCCGCCAUCAAUAGUCUACUCCUACAUCGCCGAGGCGUGUGGAUUCCAACCGCGCGAUCAAAAUAAUGAGCAACAAAUAUGGUCCAUUGAACAAACUGAACGGGAUCGGGAUACCAAGCCCCAGCGCUCUUUAACCGGCACCGCAGAGAUCCCACUUGCGGCCAUGCAUGCUGGUCGCGAUAUCGACGCCGCCGAUCUACCUCUGAAGCUGGUAGGCGCUAGUCGCUGCUACCGCGCUGAAGCAGGCUCACGUGGCGUCGAUACCAAGGGUCUAUAUCGAGUCCACGAGUUCACCAAGGUGGAAAUGUUCGGCUGGGCAGAUAAUGUUCCCACAGACUCUUCCGGUUCCGCCAAGGCAACCUCCGACGACAUUUUCUCAGAACUACUCGACAUUCAAACCGAAAUCCUGACAUCUUUGCACCUUCCCUGCCGCAUUUUGGAGAUGCCAAGCACUGAUCUUGGAGCGAGCGCCAGUCGCAAGCGUGAUAUCGAGGCACUUUUCCCCUCGCGAUUCCGCCCAACUACCACCCCUACUGGGCCUGACCCGGCCCUGGAAUGGUUGGAGUCAGCUUGGGGUGAAGUGACAUCCGCUUCUAUCUGUACAGACUACCAGAGUCGACGAUUAGCGACUCGUGUCCGUGGCGGUGCGGCCAAGGACUCCCGCUUCCCGCACACCGUGAACGGUACAGCAAUGGCUGUUCCACGCGUGCUGGCUGCUAUCUUGGAGAAUAAUUGGGAUGCAGAGAUGGGUGUUGUUGUCAUUCCCGAGGUCUUACGCCCUUGGAUGGAUGGCAUGGAGACGAUUGGUCGACGAGAUUAG